AUGUUUGUGGUAACGUCUCUUGUAGCGGUCACCGUGAUUAUAUUUGGAUGUGGCGAUCAUCAAGAUAAAAAAUCAGCCAAGAAGAAACAAACUAGAACCUCUAGCACCAGUACAAGCAGAUCUUAUAGUCCUGGCGCUGGUGUUCGUGCUGGUCAAGCUAAAGAAUCAGCGAAGAAGGUGCAAUGUAGAACUAAUAGCACUAGCAGCUCUGAUGAUUAUUAUUUCCUUUAUUAUGGUGCUGGUGCUGCUUUAAGUACUAGUAGUGCAUGUGAUGGGCAUGGAGGUGGUGGCGGUGGUGGUGGCAGCCAUGACGGCCAUGGAGGCAAUUGUGGUGGUCAUGGUGGUGGUUGUGGUGGUGACGGGUGCGAUGGUGGCGGCUGUGGUGGGGGUGGCUGUAGAGGAGGUGGCUGUGGAGGUUUUAGACGAACCACUAUUUUGAAUACUUGA